AUGGCGAGCACUAGGAUUUCUCACAUUGGGAUGGUAAAAUCCAAGUUAACCAUUCGGACCAUGGGUACGCUUGUUCGGAAGUAUAACAUUGACCCCAAGUUCCAUCCUCGUCUGCCGGAGGCCACCGAUGCAAUUACCGACGCCUCUGAAGGGUUUGUGGGGGUUUACCAAGUGUUCUUCGAAUCCAGGUUGCGUCUUCCUGCUUUUGAUAUUCUAGAAACUGUUCUGGAUUAUUACAGUCUGCACAUCAUCCAAAUAACCCCUAACGUCUUUCGCAAGAUCCUCUGCUUCACCCUGUUGUGCGUCGCUCUGGAUGCGUCGCCGACCAUCAACCUGUUUCGUUAUUUCUAUAUUUUGAUGUCCAACGGGGAUUGGGUUUUUUUCUCCCUUCGCCAUGGUUUGGUAGAACUUUGUGACGACCUCCCAACCUCCAUAAAGUAUUGGAAAGAUGAAUUCUUUUUCGUUGAUGCAUUUACUUUCUCAGGCCCCAUGGCGUACGAUGCUACCGCUGACAGGGCCACUGACCCUGUGCCAGAGCUAUCGUCCGACGAGCAACUGAUAACGGAGAGGUUAUCGGACAAUUUUGUUCGAUGGGUGGACCCCGACAAAGAGAUGUUGGGUAUGCAGCGGCGGAACUAA